AAAACAAACCAUACAAUCACCCUUCAGAUCUCCACCACUCCAAAUUUCUUCACAAGAAAGAAAAUCCUCAUUCAUAAACCCAUUACUUCUUCCUCAACAUUACUCAAAAUAACACACCCUACAAUUGCUUAUUCUUUAAUCAACAAUAAACAAUCACUCAUCAAUCAUUAACAAAAUCCAACAACAACAACAUAGUCUACUGUCGUUGUCACCGGUGACUCUUGUCGGAGAUUCUCUCUCUUUCAUCGCAUUCAACUGAUUCCUCUCUCACUAGAUCUACUCUCAAAAGGAUUCAGUAGGUGAGGUUAAGAGGUUUUGUCAUUGAUGGCACUUUCAGUUUCUCGGACUAUGUCGAAGGGCAUAGUGAUGACAGUACCUGUUCUGAUUCUCACUGUUUCGGCGGCCGCUGUUUUUCUGUUCUUCUUGUUGUCCUCUCUCUCUUCUUGCUCAUGCCCUUCACAACCUUCAGCCACCCCUGUCAACAAUGCAGUGAACUCUAAUGUUGGUUUGUCCGAGUCUAGUACUGGUAACGGUUUGUUAGCAACAAGGAAGGAGGACGUUCAGUGGGUGAAAGAUCAAAUACAAGCAAAUGGACUUCAUAUGCAAGAAAACGUGCUCCGCAAGGGUAUUAACCCUCGCACUAGGGUUCAACAACUCGAGGAUCUUAGACAAUUUAAGGGCAUAUCGCACUACGAGGGAGCUGAUUCAAAUAAUCACACGGCCUUUCCUUGUCCCGGAGAACUUCUAGUUGAACAGCACCAUAGUAACUACGGUGAACCAUGGGCAGGUGGAAGGGAUGUGUUCGAGUUUCUUGCUCAAACCAUUCAGCUCAGACCAGACUCACAGGUGCUGGAAAUAGGCUGUGGCACACUUCGAGUUGGUUUGCAUUUCAUUCGAUACUUAAAUCCCGAACACUUUCACUGUCUUGAAAGGGACGAGCUUUCUCUGAUGGCUGCAUUUAGGUACGAGCUUCCCGCACAAGGCCUCUUACACAAACGGCCUUUGAUAGUUAAGGGUGAAGACAUGGAUUUCAGUAAGUUCGGUUCCGGCAUAACGUAUGAUUUGAUUUACGCUAGUGCUGUAUUUCUUCACAUGCCUGAUAAACUUGUAUGGGUUGGAAUGGAAAGAUUAGCAUCUAAAUUGAAACCCUUCGAUGGACGAAUCUUUGUAUCACAUAAUAUAAAAUUCUGUUCAAGGAUGGGAGGAGACGAAUGCACCAAGAAGCUUACGAGCUUAGGACUCGAGUAUAUUGGGAAGCACACACACGACAGUCUUCUAUUUAAUCACUACGAGAUAUGGUUUGAAUUUAGACGGUCGAAAAUUUAACGCCCCGAUUGAUUCUUCGAAAAAACACGAGAAAUUUUUAGCUCUGAAUGACCUCAAGCUACUAAACUGCUUCGUUCAUUGCAACAUGUCAUCAGCAUGAAUUCUUGCUUCAGUCCUGAAAGUUGCCAAUUUUUCUACUCACCAGUUCAUUGAUCUGUGCGGGAAAAGCGAGACGGGUCAUUUGUAAUUUCGAUUGAGAAUUCGACAAAGCGCUUAAUAGAUAUACUUCUUAUUAUUGUCUAUAUGUAGAUUAUGAUAUGAUUAGCUGUAGUUGGCAGUCAUAUCUUCAUGCAACUGAUUGCUGUUUCGACAAUUAUGAUUGCUGUUUCAACAAUUAUUACGCCGGACCAUGAAACAUGUGUGUGAUACAUUUAACUAUAUUUUUUAGAUUAUUUAUUAUAUAUUGUUUCAAAUUGAUACUCAUGGUGGUUGGUGGUGCUUCAACAAUGGAUGAGGAACUCUGAAGUCCAUACAAUAUUUGUGUAUGUUAGUUUUAGUCGUGUGAUGUGUGAAUUAUAUUUAUUUUAUGAGUAUAUGAUUUUUUUUUGAGAUUAUAAUCUUAAAGCUCAAUUUUAGUUGUCCAAGCUUUGCAACAAUGAAAAUACUCUGCAUAAUGAAAACAACCUUGUAUGCAAUAGAGAUUUCGUUCUCAGUCCUAAACUUGCUAACUUAGUUAAGGUUAUGUGAAGAAUGAUAUGGAAAUUAAAGUAA